AUGCCCAUCGUCUUGGAUGCCGAUGCGCUUCUGGUCGUCCAAAAGAGCCCCGAGCUAGUCAAGGGCUACAAGUCGGUCAUAUUGACGCCCAAUGUUGUGGAGUUUGGCAGGUUAUGCGAGACCUUGGGCGUUAAGGCGAACGAAGAGAAGGAGACAGGCAAAGUCGAGGCAUUGUGCAAGGCGCUCGGAGGCGUAACAAUCAUCGAGAAGGGCGGGAAAGACUUCAUUUCGAAUGGCACCACGACUCUUGUGGAUGAUAUGAAGGGCGGGAAGAAGAGGAGUGGUGGUCAGGGCGACACGCUCACGGGAUCCAUUGCCACGUUUCUGGGCUGGAGGAAAGCAUACCUCGACGGGCUAUGGGAUAUCGGCGAGGACAAGAUCAGCGCUGAUGAGCUGAUCGGCUUGGCUGCUUUUGGCGGCAGUGCCAUCACGAGAGAGUGCUCGCGACUGGCUUUUGCUAAAAAGGGGCGAAGCUUGCAGGCCAGCGACCUGACGGACGAGGUUCACAACGCUUUCCUGAAUUUGUUCGGAGAGGUCGACGGUGAUGAGGGCGGCUCGAGGCUGUAG